UGGAGGGUUCCAGAAGCGCUGUCGCCACGGUACCGCGCCGCUCCGGGUCGCUCGAGCUCUUGAUUGCUGCGUUAUACUCCGUCGGUGUAUCCGCCAUGAUAAGCGCCAGCCGAGUCGCGGCAGCCCGUCUCGUGGGCACAGCAGCCCCCCGGGCUCCCACGGCCGUCCGCCACCAGGAUGGCUGGAAUGGCUUUAGUCAUGAGGCUUUUAGAAUUGUUUCGAGGCGGGAUUAUGCAUCAGAAGCAAUCAAGGGAGCAGUUGUUGGGAUCGAUUUGGGUACUACCAACUCCUGUGUGGCAGUUAUGGAAGGUAAACAAGCAAAGGUGCUGGAGAAUGCUGAAGGUGCCAGAACCACCCCUUCAGUUGUUGCCUUUACAGCAGAUGGUGAGCGACUUGUUGGCAUGCCAGCCAAGCGACAAGCUGUCACCAACCCAAACAAUACAUUCUAUGCCACCAAACGUCUCAUUGGCCGACGAUAUGAUGACCCUGAGGUACAGAAAGACAUUAAAAAUGUUCCCUUUAAAAUUGUCCGUGCCUCCAAUGGUGAUGCCUGGGUUGAGGCUCAUGGAAAACUUUAUUCCCCAAGUCAGAUCGGAGCAUUUGUGUUGAUGAAGAUGAAAGAGACUGCAGAAAAUUACUUAGGACACACAGCAAAAAAUGCUGUGAUCACAGUCCCAGCUUAUUUCAAUGACUCACAGAGACAGGCCACUAAGGAUGCUGGCCAGAUAUCUGGACUCAAUGUGCUUCGGGUGAUUAAUGAACCCACAGCUGCUGCUCUGGCCUAUGGUCUGGAUAAAUCAGAAGACAAAAUCAUUGCUGUGUAUGAUUUAGGUGGUGGAACUUUUGAUAUUUCUAUCCUGGAAAUUCAGAAAGGAGUAUUUGAGGUGAAAUCCACCAAUGGGGACACUUUCUUAGGUGGUGAGGACUUUGACCAGGCCUUGCUACGAUACAUUGUGAAGGAGUUCAAGAGAGAGACAGGGGUUGAUUUGACCAAAGACAACAUGGCACUUCAAAGGGUGCGGGAAGCUGCUGAGAAGGCUAAAUGUGAACUCUCCUCAUCUGUGCAGACCGACAUCAACUUACCAUAUCUUACAAUGGAUACUUCUGGACCCAAGCAUUUGAAUAUGAAGCUGACCCGGGCUCAAUUUGAGGGCAUUGUCACUGAUCUAAUCAGGAGGACUAUGGCUCCAUGCCAAAAGGCUAUGCAAGAUGCAGAAGUCAGCAAGAGUGACAUAGGAGAAGUGAUUCUUGUUGGUGGCAUGACUAGGAUGCCCAAGGUUCAGCAGACUGUGCAGGAUCUUUUUGGUCGAGCCCCAAGUAAAGCUGUCAAUCCUGAUGAGGCUGUGGCCAUUGGAGCUGCCAUUCAGGGAGGCGUGUUGGCUGGUGAUGUCACAGAUGUGCUGCUCUUGGAUGUCACUCCUCUGUCUUUGGGUAUUGAGACUCUGGGAGGUGUCUUUACCAAACUUAUUAACCGGAACACUACUAUUCCAACCAAGAAGAGCCAGGUGUUUUCUACUGCUGCUGAUGGUCAGACUCAAGUGGAGAUUAAAGUGUGUCAGGGUGAGAGAGAGAUGGCUGGAGACAACAAACUUCUUGGACAGUUUACUUUGAUUGGAAUUCCCCCAGCCCCUCGUGGAGUCCCUCAGAUUGAAGUUACAUUUGACAUUGAUGCCAAUGGGAUUGUACAUGUUUCUGCCAAAGAUAAGGGCACAGGACGUGAGCAGCAGAUCGUAAUCCAGUCUUCUGGUGGAUUAAGCAAAGAUGAUAUUGAAAAUAUGGUUAAAAAUGCAGAGAAGUAUGCUGAGGAAGACAGGAGAAAGAAGGAACGAGUUGAAGCAGUUAAUAUGGCCGAAGGAAUCAUUCAUGACACAGAAACCAAAAUGGAAGAAUUCAAGGACCAAUUGCCUGCUGAUGAGUGUAACAAGCUAAAAGAAGAGAUUUCCAAAAUGAGGGAGCUCUUGGCUAGAAAAGACAGCGAAACAGGAGAAAACAUUAGGCAAGCAGCAUCCUCCCUUCAGCAGGCAUCAUUGAAGCUCUUUGAAAUGGCGUACAAAAAGAUGGCAUCUGAGCGAGAAGGCUCUGGAAGUUCUGGCACUGGGGAACAAAAGGAAGAUCAAAAGGAGGAGAAACAGUAAUAGUAAAUUUUGGAGCCAAAAGGACACAUACUAUGAAGCUUGGGAGUGAAGGGAUUUCCUGAGCAGAAAUGGGCAAACUUCAGUCUCUUUACUGUGUUUUUGCAGUAUUCUAUAUAAUUUCCUUAAUAUGUAAACUUAGUGUCUGUUAAUGGUCAUUUAAUGAGUGAUAAUUCCCCAGCAGUAGAAAGUUGACAAUGUUCUGUCCCUAGCCUGUCAUCAUUUUUCAGCUGCAUGUAAAAGGGUGAUAGGACAAUUUAUUGAUCAUUAUAAAGACUUAACAUUGUUUUGUGCUGAAGUGGCCAUAUUUUUAAGGGAUGAAACCAUUUCACACACAACAAUGAAGGUGGUCAGUCACACCUGGAAUGAGACCAUAUAGGGAUGAGAUCCUUUUAGUUAGGUGAGUAACUGCUGUACUCCGGCUUGUGUGUAUUUGGGGUCCUUCCACUGAGGCCUUGAAAGGCGAACCAGCUGUGCCAUAUUUAUAGGUGGGGCAAGGAAGCCAGAUCAAUGGAAAACUAAGCUAGCUAUUUAUGUUAGGUACAGCUUGUAAAACAAGGUAGUAAUGAGGCUCCCUAACUUUCCUAAGGCAUACUUUUAUAGCUACCUUCUGGCCUGUGUCUGUCACCUACAUCCUUGAUGAUUGUUCUUUUUGAUCCAUUAUGGAUUUUUUAAAAAAUAAAUAUGAAAAGCAUCUUGA